GUUCUGCGAAACAGGAAGCGGGCGUGGUUAGCCCCGCCCCGCUAGCUCAGUCCAUCCAGCCAGAAGAGAAGGCGACUGUACGGCUAAAAGUAUUUUAAAAAACGCUAACACAAGAUGGCUGGUUUGCCUCGUAGGAUUGUCAAGGAAACACAGCGGCUGAUGCAAGAACCCGUACCCGGCAUCACGGCGACACCAGAUGAAAAUAACGCACGCUACUUCCACGUCAUCAUUGGAGGACCCAAAGACUCUCCGUUUGAAGGAGGCACUUUUAAACUUGAACUAUUUCUCCCCGAAGAGUACCCCAUGGCAGCCCCCAAAGUGCGAUUCAUGACCAAAAUCUACCACCCGAAUGUAGACCGACUGGGAAGAAUAUGUUUAGACAUUUUGAAAGAAAAGUGGUCUCCAGCCCUGCAAAUCCGCACAGUGUUGCUAUCCAUCCAGGCAUUAUUAAGUGCCCCCAAUCCCGACGACCCUCUGGCAAACGACGUCGCCGAGCAGUGGAAAAAGUGCGAAAGCGUCGCCAUCAACACAGCCAAAGAAUGGACCAAGAAGUAUGCAAUGGCCAACUGAUCCUGAAUGUGAUCCACGACAUGCACUCCUUUAUUGUCGACGUUUGAAUUUGACGGACAAAAUAAGAUUAUAAAUCCACAUCUCUUUGAAAUAAAUCUACUGUUGCAGACCUUUGGGACAACUUAUAUAUUUUUUUCCUUUGUAAGAUGCGUUCAAUGUGUGUUCGCAUUUUUCUUUUUCUUUUUUUGCCCCCUCUCGCUUCCUGUUUCUGCCUUUUCACCCCUGUCUUUCCCUUGUGUUGGUAUUUAAAUGCAUGGACAGAGAAUGACACACACCUCACGACAGUCUUAAGACAACUAAUAUGUGUUCAUAUACAUGCAAUAUGGAAGAAACAGGCGCACACUGGUACGAAGUCAUGUAUUAAAGCUGUCUUACUUUUAC